AUGUUGAGGUUCAAGACUAUCGAUUCCUUUCUUACUGAUUGUAGUUCCAUUUUCAGAAGGACAAAGACUACGUCAGAAAUCACCAAGAAAACUGUGAAUGAAGAAGAAUGCCGUGGCAAGGUACGAGUGUUGGACCAGCCAGGCAAGUGGUGUAUCUACAGGGUCCCCAGCAAACUCCGCAAAGUAAAUGAAGCAGCAUACACUCCUCAAUUACUAUCAAUAGGCCCUUUCCACCAUGGAAAACCAGAACUGAAGGACAUGGAAACCCAUAAGAAGAUAUAUUAUGAGAAUUUUCUUGCACGUUGUAAGAAGAGUAAGGAUGAACUAGAGCAAUUUAUCAAGACUCGUCAAGAAAAUAUUCUUUGUUGUUAUGCAGGGACCAUUGAGCUUGACAUAGACCCUGCAAACAUAAUUGUGGUUGAUGCCUGCUUCAUCAUCGAGCUCUUUUUAACAAACUUCUACGAAACUGAAAAUCAUAAAAAUUAUUAUAUAUUGAGAUCACCAUGGCUGAGGAAAGCUGUAGAACAGGACUUGAUACUGUUUGAAAAUCAGCUUCCUUAUUCUCUUCUUCAAGAACUAUAUCAUGACUUUGCUGUGCCUGUCUCUCGCAGUUUCCAACCCUGCAAAGAAGUACAAGAACAGACUCAUCGUACCAAUGACCUCCAGUGCUGCUUGCCUUGCUCCUGGCGGAUAUCUUGCAAUGAACAUUCCAUAGAGAUUGACGAAGCCAAACCUGCUGAUUAUGAUCCCCUGCUUGAGCUUACCUUUGAGUUCUUCAAAGAUUAUAAUGAGGGGAAAUCCGUCAAGAAUAGAGUAAAACCGAAACAUUUCACCGAUUUGGUUAGGCAUUUUCUAUGUCCUGACGAAGAAAUGGAUUGUGAACAAAAUAGUGCUCCUGUCAAAAAUAUAUAUGCUGCAAAGAAGCUGAGGGCAUCAGGGGUGAAGUUUAGGCCACUUAAAGAUGGACCCUUAAUCAUAAAGAAAGAUGAGGCCACUAAAUGUAAGUUCAACUUGGCAUGUUUUAGAAAUAUGGACUUGAAGCUUAUGCCAUUUUGUGUCAAGGAUGAGACAGAAUGCGUUGUUCGGAACAUCAUGGCCUUGGAGCAGUUUUCGUACCCAGACAAACCUUAUAUCUGCAAUUACUUUUUGCUUAUGGAUCAGCUGGUGGACACUGGAUGA